AUGGCGGACAGUCUCGAGGAACGGCUGCGGAGUCAUGCACAGGCUUUCGAUGGAUUGCUAUCGUUGAUUCCUGCAAAAUAUUACUAUGGAGAAGAUACCACUGAUCAAUGGCAGCGCAAGAAGCAAACGAAAGAGGAAGCUCGAAAUGCCAAACGUGCAAAGCUUGACCCUGAUACCUUGAAAACUGCAAAAGACGUAAUGGAUGAAAAUGCCCGGAAGAGGAAGAGAGAAGAAGGUGAAAAUGAUGAAGCACUAUCAGAUUCCGAUGGUGAUGAUAGCAAUGGGGAAUUAGGAACAGAAACACCAAUGGAGGGUCUUAUCCGUGGUCAAAAUAAGUCGAAAAAGCAAAGAAAAGCAGAGAAAUCGGAAGGCGACCACAACAAAGAUAAAAGUGAAGAUGCAGAAGCCCGCAGGAAACGGCAGGAAGAGAAAGCAGCAAAGAAAGCAGCGAAAAAGGAACAGAAAAAAUCGAAAACAGUAGCCAAGCUGGAAAAGAAGAAGGCGGCCAAGUCAGGUACUCAAGGAGAUACCAAGGAGAAUAUGAACGAGGAUACCCUAAAACACCAAAAGCAACAAAAACUCCAAGAGCCUACGCUCAAUGGAACGCCCAAGAUAGACGACGAUGACGAAGUAGAUGAAGACAUUGCUCCUAUAGAAGGAUUCUCAGCCCUGCAAAAUACUGAGGAUGCGGAGCCAGCAUCCACCGCUCCAUCAUCACCAGGCCCCAACUCACAACAAUUUGAUCCUUCCAACCCACCGUCCGGAACAUCCUCCAUUUCCUCCAUUGCCCCGCCCGUAGUCACCACCGACGCCACAACCAAGCCAGAAACUGUCACACAAUCCUCAAACGACAUCAACAAAAAAACCAAAAGCCUAACCCCCGAAGAGCUCAAGCAACGAUUACAAAAGCGCAUAGAAGAACUACGAGCCGCGCGCCACGCCGACGGCUUCAAUGGCAAACCUGCCCGCAACCGCCAAGAACUCAUCGAAGCCAGACGCCAGCGCGAAGAACAGCGCAAAGCACACAAAAAGGAACUUCGCCAAAAGGCGCGAGAGGAAGAGCAGAGGAAGCGUGACGAGGCCAUUGCACGACGAUUCUCCCCGCGCGGCUCCGGUUCAUUACUUGCCUCCCCGCGCUCCCCAGCAGACUCCAUCUCGUCGAUCCCGACCAACUUGUCUUUCGGCCGUGUCGUGUUCGCCGAUGGCCAACAGGCGGAUCCCAGCCUAAGCACGCUCAUCAAUGCAAAGAAGCGCAAAGGCCCGCAGGAUGCGCAGACGGCGCUGAAAGCGCUAGAGGCCAAACAGUCGCGCUUGGAGGGGCUGGACGAGACCAAGAGAGCCGAAAUUGAAGAGAAGGAUAUGUGGCUGAAUGCGAAGAAGCGGGCACAUGGCGAGCGGGUGAAGGACGAUAUAUCUCUGUUGAGAAAGACGUUGAAUCGCAAGACGGGGGCGAAGAAGAAGAGUGAGAAACAGUGGAAGGAGCGGAUUGAAGGUGUGAUUAAAGGGAAGGAGAUGAGGCAGAAGAAGAGGGAGGAGAAUUUGCGGAAGAGGAGGGAGGAGAAGGGGGCCAAAGGGGCCAAAAAGAAAGGCGGUGGCAAGAAGACUACUGGUGCGAAGAAGCGGCCAGGGUUUGAGGGCGGGUUCAAGGCGAAGAAGAAGUGA